AUUAAGUACUUGCUUGAUCUGGCAAUACCUCUAAUCAGGAAAAUGGAAAUUGCUAACAACAAUUCUGCUUUGAUUGGCAAAACGGACCAGGAGCCUCGUGUUGUUGUGCAAACACUGAGUCAAGUUGAUAUCUUGGAUGAUGGGUAUCGUCGGCGGAAAUAUGGGCAGAAGAUAGUUAAAGGGGAUCCUAAUCCAAGGAGUUACUAUAAGCGCACCAAUGCCGGCUGUCCUGUAAGAAAACAUAUCGAGAGGGCAUCACAUGAUCCGAAAGCAGUAAUUACGACAUACGAUGGCAAGCAUAAUCAUGAUGUACCAGCUGCAAAGACUAUCAGCCAUGAGGCAUCUGCAUCAGUGGUGACAGAUGCUGAUGGUUCUCUGAGCAUCCAUGCUUCAGCAGCCCUCACUGGUACAAUGACUACGACACCCUUUUCUCACCCACUCACCCAAACGAAGAGCAACCCGAUCAGCCUUGACCUUGGUGUUGGCAUCAGCACCAGUCAAAGCGAUGCCACAAAUGGAAGUCAGCAGCUUUUGGGAACAGACCAGAUUCAUCAGCACCAUCAAGCACAAUUUGUUGGUUCUGGUAAGCUGGUGAUUCAAGCAACUCCAUUGUAAAAAAUCUAUGGAAGUUCACGCACUAGAAUAUCCUAUACAACCCCAGGAAAUUUAUUGAUGGGUCGAUGAGGACUUCAUGCAGUUCAAGAUAUCCUUAUGUCUCAUAUCAGAACAAAGAUCGGAUGUUAUUUACCGGUGAACCAUUUUCCACGACAUCUUUAUUUGCCUCAUGUGAGCCACAUUGCUACAUCCUGCAAGUAUACGCCAUUAGAUCUUCCUCCAAGCAUUAGUAAGCAGUUACAUUUGUGGUCUGAUCAUGUAAGCCCAUGAUUCAAUAUGUAUUAUUAUUAUUAUUAUUAUUUUCUCUCGAAGGCUGUUCAUUGUAAUCUUAUUAUGGACGUUCUUCUGAUCUUGUUAUUCCGAGUUGUAUCUACUUCAUAGGAACUCGAUAUCGGUUACUUUGUGCCAACCAGAUUUUUGAUGAAAAUGGAUUG